AUGGGAAACAGCCCUGGGACGACUGUGGAGGAACUACAAGCUUGUGAGAGUCAUCAGUGGUACAGGAAAUUCAUGACUGAGUGCCCAUCUGGAGUUCUCACCUAUUACGAGUUUAAACAAUUCUUCGGCCUGAGGAAUCUCUCGGAAGCGUCAAAUGCCUACGUUUGGACCAUGUUCUCAACGUUUGAUAUGAACGGUGAUGGCUACAUUGAUUUCAUGGAGUAUGUUGCCGCUCUGAGUCUGGUGCUAAAGGGAGGCGUGCAGCAGAAGCUCCGUUGGUACUUCAAACUGUAUGAUGUAGAUAGGAGUGGCUACAUCGACCAAGUGGAGCUACUUCAGAUAAUUAAGUCCAUCCGUGCAAUCAAUGGCAUUACCAGUGAGAUUUCAGCAGAGAAGUUUGCCAACAUGGUGUUUGAAAAGAUUGACGUUGAUGGAAAUGGUGAACUGUCCUAUGAGGAGUUCAUGGAGGGGAUUCAGAAUGACGAAAUGCUGCUGACGACACUAACAGAGAGUUUGGACCUCACACAUAUUGUCAGCAAAAUUCAAGAAGAGAUGAGAUCCAACACCUGA